AUGUUCAGCAUCCAGAGAAUCGUCUCUGCCCUCCUCCUCGCAGGAGUGGCUCUGGCCUUCUUCGCGCAGACCGCUGAGGCUGCCAAGGGCCCCAAGAUCACCCACAAAGUCUUCUUCGACAUCACCCACGGCGAUGAGCCCAUCGGCCGCAUCACCAUGGGUCUGUACGGAAAGACUGUCCCCAAGACCGCUGAGAACUUCCGCGCUCUCGCCACCGGCGAGAAGGGCUUCGGCUACGAGGGCUCUACCUUCCACCGUGUUAUCAAGCAGUUCAUGAUCCAGGGUGGUGACUUCACCAAGGGUGACGGCACCGGUGGCAAGUCCAUCUACGGCGAGAAGUUCCCCGACGAGAACUUCAAGCUCAAGCACUCCAAGAAGGGUCUCCUGUCCAUGGCCAACGCCGGCAAGGAUACCAACGGCUCCCAGUUCUUCAUCACCACCGUCAUCACCUCUUGGCUCGAUGGCCGCCACGUCGUCUUCGGCGAGGUCCUCGAGGGCUUCGACGUUGUCGAGAAGAUCGAGCAGGCCCAGACCCAGCCCGGCGACCGCCCCGCCAAGACGAUCAAGAUCGCAAAGAGCGGAGAGCUGGAGGUGCCAUCUGAAGGUAUCCACGUGGAACUCUGA